AUUUUUAUCCUUUGUGUCGCCUUUUAUCCGUUUGUAAAUUAGCGCUGGAUAGGGUUAUCUGGAUAGUAGCAAUUUACCAUGCCAUAUAUUCAAUACUCUUUAUAUUGUAUGGUAGACUUAACUAAUAACACCCGUCGUACAAACUCUGAAACGACGCCGUUGCGUUUACUGAACCGGUCAAAAGCAUAUCAUGAUGUUAAGUUGUUUGCAAAGACCUUCCUGUUCCGGAUAUUUACAAAGCUCAUUGAAGCAUAACAACCGCUGUGUAAUAUGUUUGCCCGAAGGCCUUUUAGCUGCAAUUGUCACUGUUAUAGGAGGUUGAACGUCAUUAUGAUACGGCUUUUUGAAAAAGAGAAUCACGCCAAAACAUAUGCAGUUUAUAGACCUGAUUAUCCCAUUUCAGUCGCAGAAGAAAUCAUUAGUUAUGUAAGCAGGAAAAGCGGGUUACAAAAAGGUAUCGAUCCAAGUGAAAAUCAAAUCGAGCAAGCAAAGAUAUGCAACUUUGCAACAAACGUUACGUACAUGGUGGGAAAAGCUGAAAGCAUUCCUGUUGAAGACAAAUCCGUGGACAUUGUUUGUGCUGGAACUUCAAUACACUGGGUUGAUUUUGAAUGUUUUUUCAAGGAAUGCAGCAGAGUGCUGAAGCCCAGUGGUAGCAUAGCUCUCUACGCGUGUGGGAAACCAAAUAUCACCCAGUUGGAUAGGAGUCCGGAUCCAAGUGCUGCUUCAAUUUUGUUCAAUCUCCAUUCCAAAUGUAUCUGGCAUGAACGAACCAGUCAUGUGGGCGACAAGUACAGUAGAAUAUUUGACAUGAUAUCUGCUGAGGAUAAAACUAGGUCUGAUUGUCACAAAAUCGAAAAAGAGUUAAGUCUGGAGGAAUUUUCAAAAUAUGUUUCGACGUGGUCAAGCUAUCACACGUUUUUGAAAAAUAAAAAUGAUACUCAGUCUGAUAUUUUAAAAGAUUUCGGCAAUGAUUUGAAAAAACUUUGGCAUGUGGAGCAAUUACGUGAUGAUGAAGUGAAAUUAUUCGUCUCGUGGGAUGUGUUCAUACUUCUUUCAGGAAGACCUUAGAAGUGAACUUUUCAUUCCUAAAUAUCAUAUUUCUGACCAAUAUCAUAUGCGUGUUCUAAUUGGCACCGAAUUUUACAUAACCAAAUACAAGUUUUGUAUAUAUGAUGGAGAUGGACCAACGGUAUACCACCGUUCAUUUAAUAGAGGUGUAGUCAAAUGUUUCUAAAUUGAUGGGUAUGAGACAUUUUCCCAUUAAUUCAUGCCUCGUGUUAUAA